GGUCCGUCCCCAGAUCCCUUCCAAGGGAGGGAGCCGCGGCCCGACCCUACAGCGUCCAGCUGCUCCAGGAGGGAGUCAGACACGGAGCUACAGGCCUUCUUAGACCUGAGGGACCAAACAGACAGCAACACAGAGGAAUGGGAGAAAAUUAACUACGACAUUCAUUCUAUUCGCUGCACCAGAAGAGAGGUCUGCACUCGAUGGAAGAAAAUACUACUGCAGCUCGGUCAGACUUUUGAUCUAUACUCUCGUCUUAAUUCAUCGUUACCAGUCCGAGUGGAGUCCUUGCUGGGUAUGAAUUCCCGAGAGACCGGGCGGCAGAGUCUGCCGAGAGCCGAGGAGCUCCUACAACAUCUGCGGGACCACAGCGCUCUGUUUCCCCCUGGUGGCGGUCCGCAGAAUAGAUACCUCCACGUAAUGGACUGCCUGGUGUCACUGGACAGUGCUGAAGACUUCAUCAGGCUGGCCACCGAGAAAUACCCUAAGACAGAAAUAUCUCUGUGACGAAAGGAAACGAGAAGGAACUUCACCACUGGCAGUCCGUGGUUUCCAGCCCAGGCCCCAGAAGUUCUGCUAUAAUGUAGUAGGACUGCUGGAGCCCAAAUUAGUCCAAAUGAAAUCACUGAGAAACAUUUAAAACCUCCAUACAUGUCUACAAUGUCUUUGUUUUUGUUCUUAUCAGGUUCUUAUUAUUCUUGCUUAAAUGUGUGCCUUUGUAUAAAAGGGACCGGCAACUGGCGUUCACAGUUCAUAGGAAGUAACAGAAAUGAUGUUGCAGCAUUGUGGUAUAGUGUUACACAUCAAGACCCAAUCUCAGCCUGCAUGCAGUUCUCUAUACCGAACCAUGACAUGAAAACCACAGGAAAGGGAGACUUAACGUACCCUAGUUUCGUCGCGUUGUGAAAUCUCUCAACAGAUGGCGUUUUUUUCAUGUUGAUUGCUAUGUUCCCACUGGGUACCCACUUUUUUUGUAUUUAAGCUACAAAACCAUAUCCUUGUUACAUUACAACGUGCCUAUUAAUACAGUACUCUGAAGUCUUCCAUCAACCUAAAAUGAAACACACAAACUAACACUACUGUCCUAUUAGUGUUAUUGACGUUCAUCCUGCUUGUUACACAUCUUCUGUAUUAGUUUAGUGUGAGUGCGGACCUCCUGGUCUGUUUGUUAAGUAAGUAAUCUCUGGCUCUUAUUGAUAGCGGUCAGUGCCUCCCUGCGAAAGCCAUUGUUAGGGGAUGGAGACAGUGAGGUAAAGAGAGGUCAAGUCCCCACAAAUCAGUGAUUGUCUACCAGCUAGCUCUAUCAUUUUGGUGUUUAAACCUCAUUAUUCAGUACUAGACUAGAGCCUGUCUGUCUCCAGUGUCUGUCUGUCUGUCCGGUUCGGCAAACACAGACAGAGGGGGAGGUCUGUGGAAAAAGUGAUGUGGCCGUAAUGCGAUGAGCCUGUUCCCACUCAGGCAGACCAAAAGCAUACUCCUCAUCUGUCUACCAGACCACCCCCUCCCCUGACAGCAACCGGCUGCAAACAGAGACGCUAUGCAACUGGUGUGUAGUCUAGUGGGGUCUCCACACGGUCUGUCCCUACUUUAUCUGAAGGACUAGAUCAAAUAAACCUAGAAUGAUGUCUAAUGCAAUGAUGUCCUGUAGUUCCAGGGGCCACUUUUCGAUUUUUGCUUUCUAAUGGAUGGAUCAGCCUACCUCAACUACGUGGACUGUACUGAACAUUGGAUCUAUCCUUCAAACAUUUGGGAGGACAUUCUCACGUGUGAUGAAACAUUUAUAUACAGGUUGAAAUGGCCACAUGGGUGUAUGUCAUGUUCCGAUGCAUGAUGCACAUUGAUUAUUGUUAAAGGGGUAAUAUUAUUCCACCAGGUGUGCGUGUCACUGGUGGCAUAAUAUAACCCCUUUAAUUACAGAAUUCAAAGUGCAUUUUGGAGUUCUGCCGUCCAUUGCUUAAUGUCUCAUGUCCCCGUAUCCAAGGGUCACCUUAUUUUUGUGUGGCUCUACUGAGCUGCUCAGUUUUAUAAGAAAGAGGUAGAGUUUAACCACCAGAAGUAGGGUCUGGUGACAUCACAGGAAGUAGGUUUUAAACUGCCUGUGAGUCGAUCGAUCAGAUACCCAGAAGACCUUUGUCGUUUACUCCCUCGUGAAAUGUGUGUGUGUGUGUGUGUGUGUGUGUGUGUGUGUGUGUGUGUGUGUGUGGGUGUGUGUGUGUGUGUGUGUGUGUGUGUGUGUGUGUGUGUUCAUCUAGGUGGAACAUAUACUACUGAGAAACAGUUCCAACAAAAAUCCAACCCCGCACCGACGCCGGUUAGUUACACCAACGUUGGAUCAGUGAGUGUGAGUGGCAUGUGUGAGCGUGUGUUUGUGUGUAUGUGUG